CGACUACAGAUCUACGCAUGCGCACCAUCAAACAGUGUCCGUCAUCAGUCCAACGAGUCGCACCGGAGAACCGUUUCCAGCUGCAGUGAAAAGGGUUGCGGUCAUUAUGUUGCCUCUAUUACGGAUUUCUCUGUUCCGCCGUUAUGUUAACUAGUCUUCUAUAGGAACAUAACCACGGAUAUAAAAACAUAUAUAUUAGGGUUUUUAGUAGCCGAAACUGUGGAUCUGUUAGAUUACAUGACCUUGUACUGAAUGUCGCAAUAAAAGGACCGUAUAUAGCCCAAUCUGUCGACACGGGGAACUCAGAUACUGGUCUGCAAAGAUGGAGCUCACCACACAUCUGAUAAAUGAUACCAUUAAUUUAUAUAAAUGGGCCCUUACCAUCGCAGACAAGCGAGUGGAGAAAUGGCCUCUGAUGGACAACCCCAUCCCAACGUUGGUCAUCAGUUCCUCCUACCUGCUGUUCCUGUGGCUGGGGCCCAAGUACAUGGAGAACAGAGAACCCUUCCAGCUCAAGAAGACACUCAUCUUCUAUAACUUCAGCAUGGUCAUCUUCAACUUCUUCAUCUGCAAAGAGCUCUUCCUGGCGGCUCGGGCGGCCGGCUACAGCUACAUCUGCCAGUCUGUUGACUACUCAGACGACCCCAAUGAAGUCCGGAUAGCAGCAGCGUUGUGGUGGUAUUUCGUCUCUAAAGGAGUCGAGUACCUGGACACGGUGUUCUUCAUCCUGAGGAAGAAGUUUAACCAGGUCAGCUUCCUACACGUCUACCACCACUGCUCCAUGUUCACCCUCUGGUGGAUCGGCAUCAAGUGGGUCGCUGGCGGACAGUCAUUCUUUGGUGCACACAUGAACGCAGCCAUCCAUGUCCUGAUGUAUCUGUACUAUGGGCUGGCCUCCUUUGGACCCAAGAUCCAGAAGUACCUGUGGUGGAAGAAGUACCUGACUGUCAUCCAGAUGGUCCAGUUCCAUGUUACCAUCGGCCACACUGCUCUGUCCCUCUACAUGGACUGUGAGUUUCCCCACUGGAUGCACUAUGCCCUUAUCUGCUACGCCCUCACCUUCAUCGCCCUGUUCGGUAACUUCUACUACCAGACGUACCGCCGCACGCCACGCCAACCCAGGGAGCCCAAGGCCGCCAAGGCUCUGUCUAACAACGGGGUCUCCAACGGGCUGUCCAAGGGACUGGGGAACGGAGCGGUGGGGGUGGUGGUGGUGGGGGGCAAGGUGGAGGCAAAGGAGAGGUCAUCAGGGGUGGACAACGGGAAUGGACGGAGAAAGAGGAAGGGGAGGGCCAAGAGGGAUUAGACAGAGGGGUGUAGGGCUGAAGGAGGCUGGCACUAACAGGCCUUGCUGUUUGAUCUUAUUGUACCUCCCACAUAGCACCCUAUUCCCUAUACAGCAACAUGACUUGUAGGUGAAGGUGUGGUAAGAGGCUGGAGUCUAUUCCAUUUCAAUUCAGUCAAUCUAAUGACAUUCAAAAUUUCCAAUUUUCCUCAUUGGCUUUGAUUGGGGAAAAUUUGAAUGUCAGUUAACUUUCGGCGUUCGGCUGAAUUGAAAGGGAAAUAACCCCAACCCUGGUAAGAGGUUGCGACGUGUCCAAGUUGACCGUCAUUACAACUAAUCCAACGUUCAGUAGUUUCUGGUCUGGAAAACAACAACAUCAACAUGUUCUCUCUCUGUACUGCAGUGUUGAGGUUUGUAGCUAGCUAAGCGACUGGUUUGUAACUAGCUAAGCGACUGGUUUGUAACUAGCUAAGCGACUGGUUUGUAACUAGCUAACCCCCUAGUUUGUAGCUAGCUGAUUCACUGGUUUGUAGCUAGAUAACUCACUGGUUUGUAGCUAGCUAACCCCCUGGUUUGUAGCUAGCUAACCCCCUGGUUUGUAGCUAGCUGAUUUAUUGCUUUGUAGCUAGCUAACUCACUGGUUUGUAGCUAGCUGAUUUAAUGGUGUUAGCUGAUUCGCUGGUGUUUAGCUAACUAACCCACUGCUUUGUAGCUAGCGAACUUGUUGAUUCACUAGUUUGUAGCUAUCUGAUUCACUGGUGUAUAGCUAGCCGAUUUCCUGGUUUGUGGCUAGCUAACCCAUUGGUUUGUGGCUAGCUAACCCACUGGGGUGUAGCUAGCUAACUCACUGGGGUGUAGCUAGCUAACCCACUGGUUUGUAGCUAGCUGAUUCACUGGUUUGUAGCUAGCUAACCCACUGGUAACAGUUACACUGCUAUCUAGAGACAGGAACACACCACACACACACACGUAGUUUAAACAUUCAAUGUGUGCAUAUGCCUUUUAAAGAAUAUGACUUACUCAUACUGUCAUUUUUGUCCUUUGUCCAGAUUUGAUUCAUAUUAUGUGAGGUAGGCCAUUGACUUCUUCAGCCCACUCACACUGUAGCCAUAAGCAGAGAGAGAGAUAGAGAUCGGUCAGUUUACAUGCCCCGUAAAUGUUGUAAUGGUUCAUUUUUUUAUCAAUAAGACAGACUCAGCUGUUGGCAAUCCUAGCCACACAUUGAGAUUGCAUAAAAAAAAAAUGGAGCUCUUGAAAUGCAAGCUAAGCUUUAUCCAAUUACAACUUGGCCAGUUAGACUUGUUUACUGUACAUGCUAAUAAAAAGCAUCACUCAUUAUUAUUAGAAGUGACAUUCAGUUAGAAACAGUGGAAUCUAGAAGUGACAUUCGGUUAGAGACAAUGGAAUCUAGAAGAGACAUUAGGUUAGAGACAAUGGAAUCUAGAAGCGACAUUAGGUUAGAGACAAUGGAAUCUAGAAGCGACAUUCGGUUAGAGACAAUGGAAUCUAGAAGCGACAUUCGGUUAGAGACAAUGGAAUCUAGAAGAGACAGUGGAAUCUAGAAGCGACAUUAGGUUAGAGACAAUGGAAUCUAGAAGCGACAUUAGGUUAGAGACAAUGGAAUCUAGAAGCAACAUUCGGUUAGAGACCGUGGAAUCUAGAAGAGACAUUAGGUUAGAGACAAUGGAAUCUAGAAGAGACAGUGGAAUCUAGAAGCGACAUUAGGUUAGAGACAAUGGAAUCUAGAAGCGACAUUAGGUUAGAGACAAUGGAAUCUAGAAGCGACAUUAGGUUAGAGACAGUGGAAUCUAGAAGCGACAUUCGGUUAGAGACAAUGGAAUCUAGAAGCGACAUUCGGUUAGAGACAAUGGAAUCUAGAAGCGACAUUCGGUUAGAGACCGUGGAAUCUAGAAGCGACAUUCGGUUAGAGACAAUGGAAUCUAGAAGCAACAUUCGGUUAGAGACAAUGGAAUCUAGAAGCGACAUUCGGUUAGAGACAAUGGAAUCUAGAAGAGACAGUGGAAUCUAGAAGAGACAUUAGGUUAGAGACAAUGAAAUCUAGAAGCGACAUUCAGUUAGAGACCGUGGAAUCUAGAAGCGACAUUCGGUUAGAGACAAUGGAAUCUAGAAGCGACAUUCGGUUAGAGGCAGUGGAAUUUUGUCCGAAAUGUUUUCUUGUUUUUUUAUUUCACUGUUCUGUCCUGGUUGCCUCCACAUACAAUAUCACUAGUUGUCUUACUCAGUGAACGGGGAGCUGUUGAGCAGAGCCAAGUAGACGUACAGUAACUGUGAAGACGCUGCUAUGGAAUUUCAGGGCAAAUCAAACAACUAGUCAACUGGGAGACACUGUUUUAUCAACCAAUCAAAUCGAAUGAUCGAUUGCUGGAUUGAUUUGAUUCGCUGUUUAGGCAAUAUCAGCUGGUCAAUGUGUUUAGUUAGUGUACUGUAUAUACUGCUACUGAAGGACCGUGUGCUCUACCUAACCGUGACACGUGUAGUGUACAACACGACACAGUCUACUCUAGAGCAGCAAAUUCAACCAUGGUAUCACGCCAUGUAAUAAGAUGUUAUUUCUUGUUUUUUUAUUGAUUUUAUUGAUCCUGUCUUAAAUAUAAAUAGAUUUUUUUUUCUUCUUCUUCUGAAUGGCAAAGUGCUUGUCUGUGUUUUAGUGUUCUUGGAAACUUUUUUUAUUUGUAUAUGAUUGCGUGUUGUAUAUAUUAAACGCUGUGUGAUUUUUGUACAUUUGUGCUUUUUUUGGGGGGGGGCGGAAAAGUUCCCAACUGAAUGAUGAGCAGAUAUUUCUCUUGCACGUUCUUUUCAAAAUGAUCAUGACUUGUUUCAAAACUCAUAGAUACAAAUAAACAGAAUGCCUGUACAUACA